CUUGCUAGUGCGAGCCCCGGGAAUUGAGCAGCAACAGUGGUAUGGCUGGCGGAGUAGACAGUGUGGCAGAUCUUUACUCACUGCAACUCUGUGUCAGUAUACUAAUAGACUCAGUACACAGGGCCUGCAAUAUCGCGAAUACCCUGUCACAAGACUGUCACUUGAUCGGACCGAGUCGCGACCAUGCUGAUAAACUGGCACGUCGUACUAAUACUACUAGUAAAAUAGCCAAUGUUAUGCUAUAUGCUACAAUGGUCCGACUUCAGUUGAUACGCUCGCACUGUUUCAGCCCACUGCCGCCGCUUCGUACACGAGCUGGGGCCGCCAAUGCUACGCGACAUCCAACUCCAUGAUGGCAGAGAGUCCGUCCUGUACCGACCAAUCAAUGACGUCGGUGCGAUGCAUCGCAACAGGAUAACCCAGCUCACCUCUGUCUUGUGUUUGCCCAGCAUCAAAGACAGCGCAAAGACGUCCGUCGAGAAUAACAGAGCUUGCAUGUCGGCAUGCGCUUGGCCUGGCCUGGGUCUAAUGAUGACACAUGAUCAGAUUGAUAAGAAUCUGGGGAAGGGGAAUGUGAUGUUCGCGUGAUGGAAAGCGUCUUUCCAGCCAAAUGGUCGGGACGAACUUCAGUGUCUUGCGGGGAAUUUUUAUAGAAAUGCUGAGCCGCCAUGUUGGAAAACCAAACCUGCAAAACAAGAGAGAACUCCACCAAGCACACCUGCUUGAGGCAUGAGCUAAUAAGCAGACACAGCGGCUCCGAAAUCUGCUUGAUAAGAACAUGGAUGACGCGUGUCUCUGCAGUGCUGAAGCUUUGAAGGCCGCUCCUCUCGGUUGAUAACAUUCCUCGUGCAUUUAGUGAUCGCAUCCUUACCGUGCUCAGUCCGUGGGUACACUGGACUGUACAGAAAAGGUGUCUGGUAGAAGGGGGUGUGAGGUCGGUGUGACUCUCCGGACCUGAGUCAGCAAAGAUAACAGCCAACUUUCGCGUCUCCUUGACUGCCAGCCUGAAUCGUGGUAGUGUAGGCUGUAGGUUUGGUCAAAGGAGCAACAGUAAUAUCACGAGUACUGAUUAGGUAAACACCCACAGCUGCCCCACAGCUGCCCCUGUUCGGAGUGUUCCGUGUUUCCAAUACUAACUCUACAGAGUUGAAACCUAGCUCCGGCCACUGGCGAAUGCGUUACUCGAGCACACGGCAUUACUCAUCAUUACGUCGCGGCAUUGCAAUAGCCUGGUAUUGGUGGCUGCAUUUGGGUAUAAGUAGAUGAGACGGGGGAAACGUGUAGCAGUUUUUGACCUGGUGUCCCUGGACGCGAUCUGAAAGCGCUAAAACGACCACUGUGCAUCGGACUAAUCCUCGAGAUCGUCCUUAUCGCCAUUCGUCACCAUCUCAACAUGGCCUCAGCACUAUACCUUCACCUAGCUGUCCUCUUUCUAGUCAUGCCCAAACCGUUCGCCAUCACCCUGGGGGGCAUCGUCGGCUCAUCCUCUCAGGAUGCGUUACGUACUGAUCAAAUACACGGAUGUCAACGAAAGGGUUCAUUGUCAAGUUUCUAUCCUGAAGCGGUGACUGGUUUCACUGCUCUCUCCCUUGGAGGCAUGAGCAAGCGACAGUGCCUCGAGCUGAGGGGCAACGUGGACGCGAUCACGGACGCCCUGCGCCAGAUGUUCCGCGCCACACACAGCGGGCGCAUGUUCGAGGACGUUCAGGAGGAGUAUCUCUACUCUCUGACAGUGGCGCAGUGCGUGGAGUGUGUGCCAUCUGCAGAGGACGCCAACAUCUUCAACGGAGAUGCCGUGUUCUUCAUCAAAGCCGGACUUCCCGGUGGCGAUCGGCUGAGAGUGCUGCCCAACGAAGAGCUCGUUGUGGAGAUGGAGAACGUUGCGGAGGAGAGCAUGCCAGAGCUCUUCAGCUCAUCUGAUAUAACGCACAGCUUCACCGCUUACCAGGAAGAAGAAGAAACCGCCACGCCACCAUGUGCACGAAGCAGUGGCUCGGGCAGCACACAAGACGGUGAGGACAGUGCGGUGGAGCUGGGAAGUGGCUGCGACUAUGAGCAGCCCGCCGACGAAGAUGAUGACCAGAGCGCGCUGGGCGAGCAGGAAGUGAGAAUGUCCAAGCGUUUCGCUCAAAACCAGACCGGACCGCAGACGCGCGAGGGCUCAUCGCCAGACACCGAGUGCCGGCCGACGCUGCUGGAGACGCUGAACACGUGGUACCGAUGUGCAGUGCAUGGCGACUGUGCCAGACAACGGUGUCCCGGCGGGAACAACGAAGCCAGGGAAAUCCCCGAGUCGUCCGAGGAACGGUCACAGCGGGCGGUGCUCAACAGCGAAGACUACCUAUUCGCAGAGGAUGCCCGACAAACGCAUCAACACGAGGGUAGCUCGAGAAAGCAGUCGCAUGCAGUGCUCUUUCUCGCACUAGCUAUUGCAAUGGCCUGCAUAGCAUUAGCUGCUGUGCUCAUAGGCUACGCAUGGAGACGGCGAUCGGCGGCACGGAAACAAGAAGAUGUGGAGGCGGUCUGAAACCCGUUGUUCCCCGUCCACACCAGACUGUACCAUAUCAUUAUUAUCAUAUCACUGUGCGUGCAAAUCGACUCAGACGUUCGAGGGAAUCAAUUAUUAUUAUCCACGUUUUUAUCCCGCCAUUUAUCACAGCCUUCCCAUCGGAUUUUUUCUCCUUGUGCCAACCCGACUCCGUGCUAAAUCUGCACCUGUGCAAACGCCAAUGCUAGACUUCCAAUCUAUAGUCCGAUUCUAGAGUGACUAGGUAAAACAAUUAUUAUUUUCUAUUUUUGAAAUUGAAACCUCUCGUCGAAAUUUGAUCCAUUUCGAUUUGUUAGACAGACUCUAUACAGCCUCUACAUAUUAUCAUGCCAAUCAGUUCAUGGAUUUUUAAACAGUCCAUCCGGAAUUUCAUCGAUUUUCCGUAUCCGA